CUCUCUGGGUCUGAUUCUAUGCUCUUUGCCGGCCCUCCCCGUCCACUGAGACGAUAUUUCCAUCCGUGAACGAACGAUAGAGCCCUUGCAUGAGACAUUGGUACUUGGAAUGCACGGUGCGACCAAAUAUUGGGAGAAGCUCCAUCCACGUGAGUGAGAGACUCCUACCAGCCACAUCUUCUUCCCACUCGUACCCAGAAAACCGAGGUACGGGACCACGAGGGUGGGUGCUCUUAGCAGUCAACUUGGGGGGAGAAACGAACGGCAGAGAAACGAGGCAACGACGCGCAAGCCGUUCUCUCUCUUCUCCCUGGCGUUUCGCUCACUCGCUGCCCGAUCAGAGCGUUGUGCGUCUGUAUGACACGGUGCGAGCAUGUUGAGCCAGCCAAGAUCCUGAACAGCGAGAAGAAGGCGAGGUUUACGACGAGCGACGAGGGUUCAGUUUGAGUAGAACGGUGAAGAUUGAAGCGAGGUGACUCAACGUUCGUUCUUUCCUACGGAUUGCCAAGCCGAGUUCACAAAAUUCAAACCCCGGAGCUUGAACAAAAGUGCUUUGGUUGUUAUUCUCUGUCUCUGCCUUCGAAUACGGUUUUGACCCUGUUCUUCUUCAAGUAACUGACCCCUCAUUCACGAGUGAGCUCCUCUGUUGUGUUUGUGCCGUUUUGUCGUGUCCAAGUCCUAAGAGACUCGAUUUCAAGUCUGAUUUUCAACCCGAACAAUUAGUGCCUUCCGCCAUGGCUAACAGGUCUCUGGUAGUGGCCAUUCUUAUGGCACUAACCGUCUCAGGCGUUUUCGCAGAGGCCUUCGAACUCACCCCCAACCUAUUCCUAGUCACAGCCAAAGAAGGCGAAGAAGUGGAAUUGGUGUGCAAAUCGCCAUCUCCAGCCAAAAGAUGCCUUUUCAUGAAUCCAAUCGGAGAACCCUACUCCGUAUAUGCUGGAGCCAGAUACGAAAGUGGACGAAUUACGGAUCUCACCGUAGACGAGCUCACUUGUGCUAUCGAGAUCAAGGGCUUGAGGAAUGUCGAUAAUGGUCAAUGGGUGUGUACCGUGUCUGCCAUCGACCCCGACUCCGGCGACUCAAUUACUGGCAAUGGCUACAUCAAUGUUACCGUAGCCAUUCCACCUGAGGAAGUCUUGCUUCGCAUGGAUGGAAACGAAGUGCAAGGGAAUUCACUCACUUUCCGAUUAAGUGAAACCGAGGAGCCCGCCGAGAUCGAAUGUGUUGCUCUCCAGACUCGUCCCAAACCAUCGUUCAAAUGGUUCAUCGACUCCAACCCAAUCAAUGCCGAAUUUGUGGAUACUCAAGAAGAGGGCGGUGAUGGCAAAGUGAACUACAUCCAGACCUUCAAAUACUUCCCCAAUGCCGAGCACAAUGGCCAAAGUCUCCGAUGUGAGGUCGAUCACAUGGCCUACAGCGAGGCUCAACUCGAAAAUGAAGAAAACAUCGUGGAGACCCAAUUGGACUUGUUCUACAAGCCCAGGGAUCAAGUGAAAGAGCAAGUGUUCUAUGGUCUGAAAGAGGGCGAGCCUCACACAGUCACCAUUAAUGUGCAAGCUAAUCCCCAACCCACCGAGGGAACCUGGUUCAUGUACGAUUCCGAGGAUAAUGGCGUGGUCUUUGGAGCCCAAAGUUUGGACCAAAAGUACACCGCGGAGUUCAUCGCCGCCAGUGAAUCUAAUCCUGGCGAAUAUGAAGCCAAGUUGCACAUUGAAACUUUGACGCCUGAGAUGGCCGGCAAGAGCAACAAGUUGGUCGUCCAGAACACUGAAGGCACUACCGAAUACCAUUUCAAGCUCGAGUUGGGAGAGAAGCCACCAGCGGAUUCCUCGGUUUUGAAGACAGACCACGAAACCGGGGAGCCCAUGGGAUCUGGCCCCGUGGUUGGCAUUAUUGUUGUGGUGAUCAUCCUGCUCCUGAUCGUGGUGAUCUUGAUCGUGGCCCGAUCCAAAGGCAUUCUUUGCUUUGCUCCCAAGUCGGGUGAGCCAUUACAAGACGAGAAAGAUGGAGCUGCGUUCGACAAUGUCGAAAAGGGCGAGCCGUUAAAUCCCAAACCAGCCGCCCUUGCGGCCAAUGACAACAAAGCUGCCGCAGAAAGUCCAGAUGCGAAAGCCUCGGAUCAGCCCAAGGCACCCGUGGCCACCACGGAAGCCGAAGAUAAGAAGUCCAAUGGAGCGCAAACGCCAGUGUAAAAAGAACAGCAAGAAUCUGAACAAACAAAAACAUACCGAGCUAGCAAAGUCAUUCAAAUUAGACUAUUCUUGUUAAAUGGUCGUACCAUAAGUGAUGACGGAUCCAAUUCAUGGACAGACAAACAAUGCAGCCGAAAAUGAAAUAACUGAUCGACCUGUGCAAUUGACUAUAAAGAGUGAAUCAUCCAUCAUCCUACGGCGACAACAGCAGUAACAGGAAUAUAAAUCAAGCCAGGAUCGCUUUUAGUGUGUGCUUUAUCCUCUUAAUCACGCAUCUACAUCCUUCAACGCACUUCUGCAAGGAAAGUGAUAUCCAGGACUAGUCUCGAACUUUCUUCAACAAUAUGAUAUCAGCCAUCCGGGCAGAUUACGGCCUAUCUUCAUCAUUCAACUCUUGCAGAAGGUUGCCCCCCCCCCCCCGCGCCUGCAAUGACUUUUGUGACUCAUCUGACUCUUUUUUCCUCCCUGUCCCCGCCCUGUAAUUGUCCCUGAAAACCAUAUUUGUUGAUCAUUGGAAGAAAGCUCUUGAACCGACUUACUAUAUACUCACGCAAACCUUUUGUUUAACCGACCCUCUUUCUCGCCCAACCAAAGAAGAACAAAACUUUUACUUUUCACGAUCUGCUUGGAUUGUCGACUCGAUGCAGCAUUGUCUGUACUCGAGUUCACCCAGGCAAUCAAGUGAUGAAUAAGAACGAAACCACUCAACUCUGUCCUCUUGUAAAGCUCGUCACGCGUUUUCAAGAACCUAUCUCUUUUUCUCUCCAACAACGAUUUCAAAACUCUGAAAAGAAUGUCAUAUCAAGCUCGGGUCAUCAUCCUGACCCGGACCCGUGACCAACUACAAUUUAUUCAACAAAACAAACGAAACGGCUAUUACCUAUUUCUUACCCUGCUCAUUAUUCAAUUCACCAUUCAACUUGAUUGAAAAACGAAGACGAAACUGUUGCUUGCUCGCCUGUUUGCCUGAUCGUCACUUCUUGGGAUCGAGGUGUCAUUAUCAUUAUUUAGCAUUCAUUGUAGGGAAACCAAGGACAAACGAAUUUUGGUCAUUAUUAUUCCUUGGAUUCCAACCAAAUAUUUAACUCUCCCUUCAUUCGACGGUCUCAUUGAUAGUGUUGACGAACAGCAAUUCUUUAUUUUUUAUGGUAGCACACUUUCAUUCAUUCAUUGAAUCACUUCCCCUCUUGCUCUGUUUCUUCCAAUAUCUCCAUGGCUAAAUUGUCACAUUUUUUUAUGAAAGGAGUCGUGUCUUUUUCCAUAACAAUACAUGCGAAACUUCUUUUUUAACCCAAUCCUUAGAGGUAGUCCAUUCCUCAUUCCUUCCCCGGCUAAUCUUUUAGCGUAACAAUGUGAACCAUUGUAUGUAGACUAUGAUAAACAAGAUCGAGAAAAACAAAAAGUGAUGAAGAACGUGUUUCCUUUAAGUAAUUUUUUCGUCGAAUUUCAUGGUCGCCCAGGCCCUUGUUUGCCAUUCUUAUGUUACCUUUUUGUCCCAUCUCUAUAUAUCUGUGUAAAAUUGCGAAAAAAAUAUAAACAAUACCGAAUA